AUGUGCGAGGUUUACGAAAGGCUCAGCACGGUUUGCGUACAGGUGCACGUGGACGACAACAACGGAGAAAUUUCGUUCGCCCCGGUGGCAGAGAUCGGAAGCGGCGACAGCAGUAGUGGGGAUGGUGUGGGCGGGGGGGAAGCAGGCGAGCAAACGGAGCAAGAGGAGGAGGAGGAGGGGGAGGAGGAGGAGGGGGAGGCGGAGGAGGAGGAGGAGGAGGAGGAGGAGCAGGAGGAGACGGCACGAUAUGGCUGCGAUCCCCGCAACGCUUGGUCUCCAUGGGGCUAUGCGGUGGUGACGGUGGAGGGCCGAACGGUGCUGGACGUGGUCCCGCCAACGAUAACCUUCUCCAAGACGCUCGUCACCACGCGCUCGGACCUCGACCCCUUCCUCCACGUCGAGGCCUUGACCUACGACCCCAGCAGCGGGGGUAUCGGCGGCGGAGCCGCUGCAGGCGGCGGGGGAGCCGAAGGCGCUUCGGGGGAAGGGAUCUCGCCGGAAGGUAGCGUCGGCGGCGGGGGCGGGGGACAGUUCUUGACGUUUGGGCUGUCUAGCUGGAACUCGGCUGUGGUCGGAUCGGCGUUUCUGGUGGUGGGGCUGUUGCUCCUGGUGCAGCCGGUGCUGGCGCUCAAGGCGUGGUGGCGAGAAGGCGGCGUCGGCUCUGACGAGGGGGGCCCCACCGGUGGUGGGGGAGGUGGGUCUAACGGCGGGCGGAGCGGACGGGGCGGGAAGCUGCGGGGGCAGUGGCGAUACGGGCAGCUUGAGACCGAUUGGGACGACGGAUCGGAGUUUGUAGACGGGGGAGUGUACGAGGGCGAGGACGAUGACGACGAUGGCUGGGGUAGCGAGGGCGACUGGCAAGGGGAAACGUCGAGCGGCGUUGGCAGGCCACCGUCGCCUUCUGAAGGGAAUCACUUCCAGGCAAGCGCCACCCCGAGGUUGGGCAGGAGGUUCAUGCAGGAUUCCCUCCGUAGACGUGCGGCAGAUGGCGGGGCGCUCGGCACAGGCGGCGGCGGCGGCGGCGGCGGCGGGGGGGGGGGGGGGAUCCGUGGAGACGCGGGGGGGAUACAGCUGGGGCCGAUGGGGAAGAGCGGGCGGGGCGAGGCUAACCUGAUUUGA